GAAAUAGAAAAGUAUUUAUAUUAAUUAUAUAUCUAUUAUGAUUACUAUAACAAUAAAUUUAAUGGCUUUGUCUUUGGUGAUUAGCUGCUUUGACUAUUCAGAAAGUGCUGCUAAUGCUAAAUGUAUUCCAUUUGCCCAUCAUUUUCAAAUUUGUAACAAAAUGCCAUAUAACACAACAAUGUUCCCCAAUUUGUUAGAGCAUCGAAACCCUGAAGAAGCUAGCCUUGAAGUUGCCCAAUUUAAACCAUUAGUUAAAGUUGGCUGUUCUGAUGACUUAGAAUUCUUUCUUUGUAGUGUAUAUGCACCUGUAUGUCUCAACCAUGGACCAUUACCUCCAUGUAAACCACUUUGUGAGCGAGCACGAAGUGGAUGCAUUAGCAUAAUGCAAAAAUUUGGUUUUAUUUGGCCUGAAAAUAUACGAUGUGAAAGAUAUCCAGAUUCAACUCCAAAUGCUCUUUGUAUUGACAAUGCUGAGACCAAAAAACCUGAAGAAAAAGUAAGAGUUAAAAAUAAAACCCAAUCAAGUUAUAAUGAUUAUCGAUGUAAAACUGAUCAACAAAAAGAUGCCAAGCAUUACAAUUUCAUGGGUAAACCUGGUUGUGCAUCAGAAUGUGACCCUGUUUAUUUUACAGGGAAAGAAAAAGACUUUGCUAGAAAUUGGGUUUUAUUUUGGUCUGUUGUUUGUCUAAUUUCAACAGCAUUCACUCUUGUGACAUUUUUUUUAAUAUGUCAAGGUUCGUUAUCCUGAAAGACCUAUUAUAUUUUUAUCAGGUGCUACUUUAUGAUUUCCAUUGCAUUUAUGUGGUCUCUAUCUGAUAAUGCUAUAGCUUGUCACAAAACCGAUAAAGGGGUUGAGUUAUUAAACCAAGGUACUGAAAAUGCAGCUUGUACUGUAGAUUUUAUGUUUAUUUACUUUUUUUUAAUGUCCGCAUCUAUUUGGUGGGUAAUUUUGACAUUGACAUGGUUUCUAGCUGCUGGGCUAAAGUGGGGACAUGAAGCUAUUGAAGCAAGUGCACAAUACUUUCAUGCUGCUGCAUGGGCUAUUCCUGCUGCCAAAACAAUAGCAAUUUUAGCUAUGAACCAAGUUGACGGCGAUUUGCUAUCUGGCAUAUGUUUUGUUGGUGGUAAAAAUUUAUCAGCUCUUAGAGGAUUCCUUUUAGCACCUUUAUUUUUUUAUUUAGUUGCUGGAUCAGUAUUUCUUUUAGCUGGUUUUGUUGCUCUAAUUCGCAUACGAAAAGUAUUAAAAACAGACCACUCACUUCGCACUGAUAAGUUAACAAAGCUAAUGGUUAGGAUUGGAAUAUUUUCUUUGUUAUAUUCUUUACCAGCCAUUAUUGUUAUUGCUUGUCUGUUUUAUGAACAAUCUUACAGACUUGUAUGGGAUAAAUCAUGGAUAAGUGCAUGGCUUCUUAUGUCUGAGAGUUGUGGCGGACAGUCUUGUUAUCAUUUUGUUGGAGAAGAUCGCCCUGAUUUUGCUGUGUUUAUGAUAAAAUACUUGAUGUUACUGAUGGUUGGUAUUACUAGCGGAUUUUGGAUAUGGUCAGGUAAAACUAUUCAGUCUUGGAAACAGUUUUAUUAUAAAAAAAUUUUAAAUAAAAGACCCCCAAAGAAAAUAAUUUUUAAAGAUGUUUCUGUGCUUACAAAUCUAACAGGAAAAACAACAAUUUAGAAAUAUUUUUUAUUAUGUCUUAAUGAAUAUUACAGAUCAUAAUAAGCUUGUAAAAAAAAAAAAUGCUUGAAGUUGAUCAUUUUACAAGUAUAAAGGAAUAUGUUUGUAUGUAGUUGAAGCUUUGGAAAGUUUGAUAAGAACCAAAUUUUAACAAACACUUAUUUUGUUACAUAUUUUAUUUCGACUUUAUUAUUUUUUUAUGUAUUUUUUGUUAAAUUAUUUUUUUAUGUUACAUUUGACUUCAAAUUUAUAAUACAUAUAUAAAUAUGCGUGGUGUUAAAAUAAAAAGUGGGAAAAUUUUUAGAGUGUACUUUGAUUAUUUUUAUUAAAAAAAAAAGAUUUUCGGAGUUUAAAAA